UCGCGCCCGCCUCGUCGUUUCCGCCCGCCCCGCUCGGCGCUCCGCACUCUCUAACCUACAUUCGCACGUAAAUUUGUAUUUCGAACGCUCGAAUUCGGAGUUAUGGAGCGGAUGAAAAAGUAACUUUUGUUAGUGGCCAGCCUUUUUUUUGGAAGAUUUAAGUUUAAACUAUGUUUUUUCGCAUUGGAACUUUGCCGUUUUGCUGUUAUGAGAUGAUCCAGCAGUGACGCGGGAGUGAGGCAGCUGCGGCAAAAUGGCGGCGUCGGUACUUCCGGUCUCCGCCGGCCACUUCCGGCAGAUAGCGCCUUGCAGCACCUAUUCUUUUACACGCAUUUAAAGCUCAAAUUAACAUCUCCUCCGGCCCUCACGUUAUGUUGACGUGAUCUUUCUUCGAUCACAUGGCAGGUCAAGCCCAACAGAGACAAUAAUUCAUCGCCUUCGAUAUACCACUAUGGAAGUUAACUCGACUGCGUCUACCAUCGGGGAUGAUUUGAACAGAACCACUCCUAUUUACACCAUCGGCACCAGUUUUAUUACUCAAUGGAAGUUACAAAAGAUGAAGCAGCGCACGUGCCUGACCCCUUCAGGCGGCUACCAGGAGUGCGGCUACACGGCACCCAACGGCACCAACUACACGGAGGUCUACUACAUCAACACCACACUGGAGAACAUGUUCACGGUCGACGGAGAAAUGGAUCCCGUGCUGCCCCCGUUCCCGCUCUGGCUAGCAGUGAUCGUGGCGACGCUGCUGGCGCUGGUGAUCCUGCUGACGGUGAGCGGCAACGUGCUGGUGCUGCUCGCCUUCCUCGUGGACCGCACCAUCCGCCAGCCCAGCAACUACUUCAUCGCCUCGCUCGCCGCCACCGACCUGCUUAUAGGUACUCUAUCGAUGCCAUUUUACACGGACUACGUUUUGAAAGGCUAUUGGCAUUUAGGGCCUCUUUUGUGUGACCUGUGGCUAUCAGUCGACUACACGGUGUGCCUAGUGUCCCAAUACACGGUUCUGCUGAUCACUGUUGACCGGUUUUGUAGCGUCAAAAUAGCAGCACGAUACAGAGCUUGGAGAACCAAGAAUAGAGUUAUCUGGAUGGUCACCGUCACAUGGAUAGUGCCGGCUCUACUGUUUUUCACAACCAUAUUUGGAUGGGAACACUUCGUCGGAUACAGAGAUUUACAAGAGGGUGAGUGUGCUGUGCAAUUUUUGAAAGAUCCCAUUUUUAAUACAGCUUUAAUUAUCGGAUAUUACUGGACGACAUUGUUCGUGUUGAUAGUUCUGUAUGCGGGAAUAUUUAAAACUGCUUAUGAUAUGCAAAAGAAAAGUGAGGCGAAACAAAGAAAAAUGCAGUCUAUGGUCGCUUUGAGCGCCGGCGUGAUGUCGGGCAUGGCGGGCCGCGCCGCCGGCGUCUCGGGGCUAUCUAAAGCCACUAUCACUAGUGAGGACCAAAUGAAAGUAUCUGAAAGUAUCCGUAAAGACUCUACAUCUAAAGGAUCUUUAGCCGCUCCACUAUUAAAUCUUGGAGGAUCGACCGAUUCGAACUCCAGUCAGAAAUCGUCUGCCCAUAAAAGUAGUGCCACCGUUACCGGGACUUCAACUACGAUAGAAUCAGAUGGAGAUAAGAAAGAAGAUCAAAUUGAGGCGGAACGGUCUAGCAGCCCGGCUUUUGACUCUGAUGAAGAAAGUACAAAUCAGCCCAAUACUAAAAAACGUCCGUCUGUAGCAAACUUAGUUAUGCAAACCGGUGCCUUGCAGUUACUGAACAAUAUGCGUAUGAAUGGUGGUAUGUUGAUGAAGCCAUCAGAUAUGAAAUCUGCUGCUACGACCCCCAAUCCCGAACCUGAUAAACCGAAGCUCUCUCUCUCACAAAUAUCUGAAAAGAGUCUUCUAGACACUGAUAACCCCGAGAGCCAAUUGUCUCAAUCAACUGUACCGAUGUCUCAAACUUGCGUUACGUCUCCAACGUCGUCAGGCAUAGCGACACCCUCCGAGCAAGUCCAAACAACGAUAGCUCAACGCAUUAUUCCCCCACCAUCGGAGUUCCGAGCUAGUCCACCAGUGUCUGAAAGUCCUCCUUCUCAAUCGGAAUCAACACGGGCAAGAAAAUUACGUUUAAUGCGAGGGGAUGGCACAACUUAUGAUGUCCUUGUGGGCUUGGAUGGUGCUGAUCUAAGAUUUAUGGAUGAAAGCUCCGUUAUUGUUCCGUCACCUACGAUAGAGAGUCCCCCUUCAUCGAUCACCUUUCCAACAGCUACUGAUGAGCUGGGAUCUCCUCCGGCUUCUAAUUCAGGAAAUGCAGCUGCUACUAAUUCACUGUUACAAGCUGCCCUCAUACGAGCAACAGCCGAAGCGCAAGUAGUUAUUCCAAAGAACACAUUUUCUCCACCGGCCACUGUGAAGGUGAACACAGAGGUGAGCCUCACUAUCGGGGAGCGUCCGAAACCAGUCAUCACAUUAGUAACCUCGUCUUCCAAUAACAAUGAGUCACAAGGAUCAAAGCCUAUUGAAACCAAAACGUCGCAAUUAAAACUCAAUCCUGCCAUAAGUCCAGCAAUUGAGAACAGCGACGUUUCCAGCACGGCCGUAACUGGGUCAGGUCGUGGUGAUUCAAAGAAAGAGUUUGUGAAAAAUAUAGGAAAAAAGUUGAAAGUAAAGCGUUCGAAACGUGAUGGAUUGUUUCCCAGCAUCGGGCGGCAAAAGUCAAAGUCUGAAAAUAGAGCGAGAAAGGCGUUCCGAACCAUAUCUUUUAUUUUAGGAGCAUUCGUCGUGUGCUGGACUCCAUAUCAUAUUUUAGCAUUAGUGGAGGGGUUCUGUACAGACCCUCCGUGCAUCAACAAACAUCUGUACAUGUUUUCAUACUUUUUGUGUUAUGCAAAUAGCCCUAUUAACCCGUUUUGCUACGCGUUAGCCAACCAGCAGUUCAAGAAAACCUUCACGAGGUUGUUACGGGGGGAUUUCCACAUUACGUAGGGGUCGGUGAGAUACGUAGGGUUUAAGAGAGCGUAAAACUGCACAAAUAAACCUUUACUUAAUCUGAAUUGAGAUGUUGUUAAUGAUAAGACAAUACAAGUUAGCGUACUAUGAAGUAUUUAAGCUUUUGAUGUGUAGGGGUAUAGAAAGGACUAUUCAAGUACCUUUAGAUUGAUGGUGUAUAGUGGUGAGCCCUUCUCAAAUAAUUACAUCUUGUAACAAUAAUUGUUGAUGUAAAUAGUUGUUAGUGUAUGUAUAGUUGGCAGAUUGUAUAUUUUUAAAUGUGUAAACUGAUCUUUUAGAUACCUAUUUAUAAAGUUCAGAACUGACAAUAAAAAUGUUAGAUCAUGUAUAUAAUGUUAAGGUGUAUUAAGAUAAAUGUGUCGGAAGUCUCUUUGAAUUUCUAGCGAAAAAAUAAUAAUUAGAAAGAUCUCCUGUAAGGACGCUAUUUAAGAACAUAAUGUAAUACAUAUUUAGGAUCUAACCUACGAUAAGUAGGCCAAAGGCA